GAUACAUAUCUAGCUUGUACGACGACCCUGUUUUCUUCUCCCGGCCCUUUUCGAAAGAGGGGGGGUUCUUCCUCAUCUCUCACCUGGACAUACCCAAAUAUGAGGUUCAUCUCUCUGUUCCUGUCCAUGGCUGCGGUGCUCCAUUGCGCCGCGGCCCAAGGCGAUCCUGCUUCAGCUGUAGCAUCGCUACCAAGAUGCGCACAAGCAUGUCUUGUAACGGCGGUCCUCAACUCGCCAUGCGCGCCGACCAACCAGACAUGUAUCUGCACCAAUGCUCCUUUGCAGGUCGAAGUUGAAGCUUGUGUUCUACAGAACUGUACUCUUAGGAAUGCUCUUAGUGAGUGGCCAUGUCUUCCUUCGGAUGCCAAUGGGCGAAUCCUCCCAAAGACCUGUCAUCUAACCCCUCGCUCUCCCGCAGCAACCAAGAACAUCACCCAGACGACAUGUGGCGCGACACCGAGAAACCGCACGCCGAUGUACAACACCAUCUCUAUCACCAUGGGCUGCUUGUCUGGCGUAUUCGUCAUUAUCCGCCUCGUACACAAAGUGUUUGCGACAAUGGGCGACCUCGGCAUGGACGACUGGUUCAUUCUCAUCACACUCGGCUCCGGCAUCCCAGGAACUGUCAUCAACACCCACGGGUUCGCCGCGAACGGCCUCGGCAAGGACAUUUGGACAGUCUCGUUCACUCAGAUCAACGAUUUUGGUUACUGGUUUUUUAUCAUGGAGCCAAUGUAUUUCGGCCAGGUGACGCUGCUCAAGAUGUCACUUCUCUUCUUCUACAUGCGCAUCUUUUCGCAGAGCAGUAUCAAGAAGCUCAUAUGGGGCACCAUCUGUUUCAACGCAGUAUUCGGCCUCACCUUCAUCUUUGUCGCCAUUUUUCAAUGCCAACCGAUCAGCUUUUACUGGACAAAGUGGGACGGAAACCGCAACGGACAAUGCUUGGACAUCAACGCCAUCGCCUGGGCCAAUGCUGGCAUCAGUAUCGUGUUGGACAUUUGGAUGCUCGCUCUGCCUCUAUCUCAGAUCAAGGGUCUGAACUUGCAUUGGAAGAAGAAGAUUGGCGUGGCCAUGAUGUUCUUCGUCGGCACCUUUGUCACUGUCGUUAGCAUCUUGCGCCUGCAGUCUUUGGUCGCAUUCGCGAAGUCCCAGAACCCAACCUGGGAUCAAUUCGAAGUCGCAACCUGGUCCACCGUCGAGAUCAACGUGGGCAUCAUCUGCGCCUGCAUGCCUUCAAUACGCGUCAUCCUCGUCGGCUUCUUCCCCAAAUUGCUGGGCACGACACGGCGCGGCACAUCCGCAGCAGCCAAGUACUACAUUCAAUCGAGUGGCAACGGUCGCAGCAGGAACAGGACACUGGGCAACGAUGCCAAGGUCAGGACCGUCGAUCGUGACUCGGGGCUCUCAAGCAGCCCGAAUGGCAUCAUGUACACCAAGGAGUACACUGUCGACUAUCACGACGAGACGAGCUUGGUUCACAUGCGCGAGCUGGAAGCGGGCAGCUCAAAGACAGGGAGAACGGGACGAAGUGGUUCCCCGUUCUGA